GAGAAUAUUUUUGAGACAAAUCUCUCCCCAUAUUUAAAGAUGCAUCACAAAGAUUCGUGGAACAAUUAGGAGGCUGACACCAGCAAAAAAGCUAAAGCCAAUUGUAAACAAAAGGAAAAGCUAACGUAAGCACCAAGGCCAGACUGAGGCCUGGCACGGGUGCUCAUUUAGGGGCUGAAUGGACAGAAGACCACAGGCGGCAGACGCCGCCAGGCUCGCUCAGACGAGAAAAUCUGGUGUCCUGCCACUUUUCCGGAUGCGUAUUUUUCUACCUUAUGUGACCACCAUUCUUCGUGGAAAACAUGCCGAUCACAUCAGUUUCAUCACGGACAAGUGAUGUCAGUCAAGUAAGCAUGCUUAUCAUGACAGCACAGUGGUUAGAUGAUAAUUUCAACAUGCACUAAACCACACUUACAAGAGCAGUAAUGCACUCAGAACACUGCAACUUUAUAACAUCUUAAUCAGAUUAUUUUUCUUAAUCUAGUCAAAUAAUAUUCUACACCUUGUUGUGGUAAAGACUAGUUAACGGAUGAUGAAUGUGCCAGAUUUUUCCACUUUCUUGAAGUAAAUAUGAGUAUUUGUUCUUAUUUAGUCCAUACGUCUAAAACCUGGUCAUUUUUCACCUAAAUCAAGAAAAAAUUGUUUUCAAAUACUGUUUUGAACCAAAUAUUUUUGAAUAAAGAACAUUUGAGAUAAACACGUUUACUUUAGGAUUAAAGGGUACCUCGGGUAGCAAGACAUGUAGUACUUAAAAGAUAAAUGUUUAUGCGAGUUACAAUGAUUUGAUAUCAAAACCCCUCUUAAUGUUUUCGUUUUCAUAAAUGUUUUUAAACUUUUAAACUAGUUGCUCGCCAUUGUUGUUGAGUUCGCACGGCGGUGACGUCAUGUGGCCACGAAGCCGUACUUUACAGUGUCACUCUUUAACUAUGUAAGGUAGUGAUUUAAAUACAUCCCAAUGUGUCAAUAACAAGUUUUUAAAUUAAUUGGAGCUCAAGCCAAUGAGCGCGUUGUGUCCCUCAACUGACGCCGUAGUUCCCUGUUUACUGGGUCCAUUUAACUUUACGGUCAUUUGAGUGCUGCCUUCACAACGUUCAAGACUCCUCAUAAUGGCUCUUAGCAUCGUAGUUUGUAUAUAUUGUAACUAAAUAUUGCCAUCCAGUGUAUUUGUUGAGCUAAACGAUUUGCUAAAAUGUUUGGAUAGAUUUUUACCAAAGUCUGAGUAAGUUUCGUGGGGGUUGUUUGGGGCGGGGGUUGAUCAGGGCCCUGGCGCUUCUCCCGCCUUGCAGCCGGUGGCUCUGGCGGACGGGGCCACGCCUGCGGGAGCCUGCCUCUUAACUCGCGCACUCCUCACUUACUUUGCACUGUAAAUAUCUUUCACCCUGGCACCUACAUACUCAUUCAUUCCUCCGGGGAGAGUAGGGACGGGGCCAUACUGCGGGAGGAGGGAUGGACUUUGGUGUUGCCAAUGCAUUAAAAGUGCCAAAGACCAACUCCACUCUUUGUGUUCUAACCGACACCCAGAGACGAGUGAACCAUAAACCAUAUUGAACCAGUCCAAAUCAAGCCUCUCCAACAAUAAAGUUCAAAGUUUGCUUUAUUGGCAAUUCUACCACAUGUGCAAGGACAGACAGAGACUUGAAAUUGUGUCACUCCCUCACUUCAGUGGCAAGUAAAAAGAAAUAAAUAUAUAUAAAAAUAGACAACUGUGCAAUCUGACAAUAUUCCGCAAAGUUUUGUAUGAUGAAAGGCAAGUUAGAGUUACAUAUGGGAAGCUGUGCGAGCUUUUAAAUUUACUCAAAUUUUGAAAAUGUCUUUGAUAUGCUUGAUAGCCAUGCUCUUUCCAUACUGGUAGCACAACUCUUGCAUAAUAGGAUAACCGUGUGUCAUUCGUGCAAAACUGCAAUAGUUGAUAGUUGCGUUUGACUAGUUCAGUGCUUCUCAGUUAUUUUUUUACAAAGCCCCCCUAGAAAAGAAAAAUACUUUGCACCCCCCAACACCACGUAGACUAUAAAAGAUUAAUACCUAUAAAAAAAAAUUAAAUAUACUUAAUAUUGUAUCCUUUUCACAUUCACAAAAGAUAAAACAAAAUAAAUUAACUUUCAAUGAAUAUUAACGUGAUUUUGACACACAGCAAAACUGUGCACCGAUGUAGCGGCCACAAAGCGAGAUGAUUGUUGGAUGUACUCUGCAUGUUUUCGCUGGAGAAACUCCAGCUACUUGUCAGCGUGUUGGGGAUGUAAUGUCUGAAGGUGACGUCUUGAUUUAUUUGGCCUCAUGCUGUCUGCUGUUCACAUUUUAGGACACAGAGAGCACACCAGAUAAGGUUCAUCGUAUCUCAUUUUAGCUUUUGGGAGUCUUUCGUUUGUUUCUUUACCUCCAUCUCACUGUCUUUUCCUUUACUGUUAAAUAAGUCUUCACGAUGUCUCUCGAGUUGUUUGUUAGAGACUUCAAUGACAAUGGCCUGAGGACAGCUGAAUUUUUAUAUUGCCGACGUCAGUCACCGCUAAAGUGCUGUAAGGAGUUUGACAAGGUUAACCCUAUAGAGUCUACCCACGACCACGUGGUCGCUGUAGGGUUCCGCCCACUUGUCCGUCAAAACGACUCUGUAUUUGCAUUGGUUUCAAUUGAUGGCGCAGUUUAAAAUGCAUUUCAUGGAAGACCCGGUGCUUUCUGAUGCCGCUAACUCACUGGAUCUGUUGCAUAAAAGGCGUUAUGAGGAAAAGCUUCGCUCUAUACAGUCGCCAGAUCCAUAUUUAAUGCCCAAAUCGAUGUUUUUCGACCCACUGUCUUCGCCCUGUCUGCCUGACAUCUGCUACGCAGAUAUUUACAAUUAUCUCGUCCACACUAAAUCAGCCUAUUCUCACGAAAAUAUGAAAAACUUCAAGAGCUUGGAAGCAUAUAAAUACUUCGUUGCUGGUUGGGUGAAGCAGGUACUCGUCCACGAAAAUUCGGCAGGAAUCUAUCUUGUGCUUGGAAAGGUAGUUCAUUCACAACGUCUGAGUGAGACGCCUCUAUCACCCUGGUUUGCUGCUCAGCCCUCAGGAACAAUCUUGUGUGGACAUUGCACCUGCAUGGCUGGUUUGGGUGAAACAUGUUCACAUGUCACUGCUGUAAUGUUUGCUGUAGAAACAGCUGUAAAGAUGAAAAAUGACACUACCAGAACUUCAGUUGCUUGUAGCUGGCUAGCCCCUUCACAAAACAAAAAUGUCGAGUAUGCCAGAUCAUCAGACAUAGACUUUACAAGCCCAGCAGCAAAAAGGCGGAAAUGUGCUGGGAAGUCAGUUAAAUCAGUAACCUCAGGUAAACAGGUACUGCCACCCCCUGAGGAUUAUACUGACUUUUAUCGAAAAUUACACUCUUCUGGUGUCAAGCCAGUGGUGCUGUCAGUCUUACCCGAUUACUGUGAGGAGUUUGUCCCCAAGAUGGUUAAGUUGGACUUGCCGAAACCAAUGUCCUCCCUCUUCAUGGAGACACAUGUGUCUAAGUCAUUGGAUGAACUUAUAGCGGAAGCAAGUACAAUUAUGACCAACAUGAAAAUUGAUGAUUCUCAGAUCAGUGCCAUAGAAAAGAUGACUAGAGAACAGUCAACCACAAAAUCCUGGUUUCUGUAUCGGGCCGGCCGUAUUACAGCUAGUAACUUUAAAGCUGCAUCUCGGACAAAGAUAGAAAAUCCCUCCAACUCACUGAUUCAGAGGAUAUGCUACCCUGAUGCAUUCAAAUUCACAACAGAGGCUACAAGGUAUGGAUGCAGUCAUGAAUGGAAAGUGAGGCAAGACUAUGAAAUGAUCACCGAGCCAAAACAUAUACAAAUGAAAGUGACAGAGUGUGGAUUCUUCAUCCAUAAGGAGUUUCCUUACAUAGGUGCCUCACCUGAUGGCUUAGUGACGUGUGACUGCUGCGGAGAAGGACUCCUGGAGAUAAAAUGUUCUUUCUGCCACAAUGAUUCAACAAUCGAAUGUGCUGUGCAAGAUAACAAUUUCUGCAUAGAGUCUGUUGAUGGGCAUUUCAGAUUGAAAGCAGACCACACAUACAUGUACCAGAUCCAGUGUCAGCUGGCUGUGACUGGCCGCAGUUACUGUGACCUGUGUUUGUGGACAGGUAAAGAAAUGUUUAUCCAGCGCAUAACCCUGGACACAAAGUUCUUUGCCGAAGCAUUGGAGAAGGUUGCCACUUUCUACAAAAUGUGCAUACUACCUGAACUUCUUAGCAAGUACUUCUCCAAUAAAAAUACAUUGUGUUUGCCAGUUGAAAAUGUAGAGAACAAGAUAUGUUACUGCCAAAAAAGUGACACCAAGAAGACAAUAAUUAAUUGCAGCAGUGAUGAUUGUAAGAUUAAGGUUUACCACAAGGAAUGCUGCGGUCUUAAAAAUAUGCCUAAAAAGGGCUGGUUUUGUCAGUAUUGUAAGACAUUGCUGAAGAGAACAAAAUGUACAAACAAAAAAAACAAAAACAAAUAAAAUUCUCAUAUACUGUACCAUUGUAAGAAAUCGUUUAAUCUUUUUUAUCAAUUUAAUUUCCACAGUAAAGAUAUAAAUCAGUCGGACGGAACAAUGGGAGGGCAGGCAUUGCAAAGUGCACAAGCAAUUGCAACAAUUUUAUCGAGACAUGUCGUUUCAUUAUUGGCUGAUUGAAUCAUAGUGAUUGGAAUUACUGAAUUUAGAACAGAAAAUUUUUGUCGAACCAUUCCGAUAACUCUUUCUACAUGUAUCCUGACAUUAGCAAUUUUUCUAGUUUCUAAAACAUCCUUGGCAUCCAGCUGAGAUUUACUUCUAGUAAAUGCAGGAAUGUGUAAUGUUGCAUGUCGAAGGGCAAUUGAAUUGGCAACAUCAAAACCACGAUCUGCAAGCACAACGUCACCUCUCUUGAGCUUAUCCAGGUAACCUGAAUGGUCCGUGACAUAUUUAUCUGAUGUUCUGCCCCCCCACCCUUUUGAAAUGAAAGAUAUAUGCCCCUGAGGUGUAAUACUGAUUAGGAAUUUUAUAGUGUUAUGGGAUUUGUACUGAGAGUAGGUUUGAGCGCGAGCUUGCAGGUCACUGGGUCUGGCAAUAAACAAUUCAAAACAAUCUAUUAUUGAUGUACAAUUCUUAAAUUUUCCAUAAAAACAUGCAGGUAAAGAUUGCCGAAUAGUAUCCUUAUCAGGCCAGAAUACAAGAGCAGGUACAGCGUACUUAUAAAGAAGUUCAAUAUUUUCCAGGAAAAUCCGAGAAACACUUGACCUGCUCAGCUUAAAUAAACAAGCCAGAAAGUCAUUGUUAAUGAAGAACUUCAUCUUCAGUAGGCACAUGAUAAACUGCUGGAAUUUUGACACUUUCCUUACAGUCAUGUGUGGUUUCACCCGCUCAAAUAUCGCCAUGAGCACUGCCAGACAGGGAAGUCCAGUGAAGUUGGUCACCUUCGCAGAAUUUUCGUCAGUAAAGCCAGACUCAUCAAAGCUACUUUCACUCAGCUUUCUUUUCAGUUCAAGAUUUUCAGUCCUUAACCUCUGGCAUUCCUCCUCAAGUGUUGCCAUUUCAUCCAUAGUACAACUCGUUUGGGUCCCCAUAUCAAGAGGGGCAUUGACAUUGGGGCCAGCUUCAACAGCCACCUCUACAUCCUGACACACACUGUGUUCUCGACAACACUCUUUCGAAAGAUCCAACAAUGCAUCCACUGCAUUGUUACGACUAAUAUGUUCCAGUCUUUUUGCCUUGAAUUCUUGCCGUCUUGCAAAGUUCUCAGCCAUCUUUUUCCUUGAUCGUUUGACAGGGGAUUUGAUGAAUGAAAAUAUUGAAGGUACAUAGUCUGGACUCAGUGGGUUGUCAUUUUUUUCCCCUGCAAAAUAAAGAUUUAGAAUAUUAAUAUAAAUGUGGCCAUAGACUGUGUAAAAGUGAAGAUGUUAACAGUAACUGAUGAUCCGUAGACAAGGCCAGUUUCUUUUACUUGGUACCAGCUAAAUAUUAUUCAAAAAAUAACGAUGGUGGAAGAAAGGGAAGUCACAAACAUCUUGAAUUUGAAACUAUGUCGUACUACGUCGUAUGUUGUCGGCGAUUAGCCUAGCAAUGAUCUUAAUUGUGGUUAUUUGUCAGCCCCGUAGACGAGGCCAGUUUCUUUUACUUGGUACCAGCUAAAUAUUAUUUAAAAAAAUAACGAUGGUGGAAGAUAGGGAAGUCACAAACAUCUUGAAUUUGAAACUAUGUCGUACUACGUCGUAUGUUGUCGGCGAUUAGCCUAGCAAUGAUCUUAAUUGUGGUUGUCAGGCCAAAACCCUCUAAAUAUAUAUUAAAUGCAUCUUACCGGAUAUAAAAUGACUACUACAUAGUCUGUGGUGAUUUUUUGGCGUCCAAUUUUCACGUCGAAUCGCAGCCGUCCAUUUCGCUCUUCUAUUUGGAUCCCUCGGAAUACGGUAAAAUUUCAAGUCUCUCCUUCCAUCUUCUCUGUUAGUGCAACCAACAGCCACACACGCCUUCACCAUUUUGACUAUUAAUGUUAAGGAGCAGAAAAACACGCCGUAAAUAGGAGAAAUGUACGUAGCCGUAAUAGGUUAACAUUAUGUUUUGACGGACAAGUGGGCGGAACCCUACAGCGACCACGUGGUCGUGGGUAGACUCUAUAGUUGCUGUCCACACCAUACUGUCUCCCACCGCCUGGAGGUGCCCAACUGCACUACAUGCUGCCGUGGAUGUUUACACUUUACACGACAUAAGCAAAGCCUUUUUCACGGGGGUCAUACGCGCUCCCUCCGGCAUCGCUGCUAUUCGAGAAGUAAUGGAUUAGUACCAGCAAGUGACAGGGAUGCCCGACACAGAUACUAAUCAUGGACAAUGAAGGACACAAUGAAUACAUUCUGAUACUAUUUAUUAUUAUUAUUAUUGUCUUUAAUAUUGUUGCUGUUAUCUCAAGUGUUUUAAUUGGUUUUGUCAGAUUUUUAAAAAUGUUUUAUUUUGUUUAUUUUUGUUUUCUCUUGUCCAAAUAAAGCAAAACAUUCAUUCAUAAGCAUUCAAGUAUAAAUAUAUAAAACACCUUGUAUGACUUGAACAAUGUACAACAUUGUAAAUAUAUCUAUGGCCAGUGGCCACUGUGCAAAAAUGUCAUUGUAACACAAAUGACUUACAGCAAGAGGUCUUGAACAGUGCACUUCAAACAGAGGACCGAGUAUCAGACAACUUAAUUUUAAUGGCUGCAGUGACAUGAUCACUCAAAACAAGUGUUUUUUAGUUUACUUCAUGGUUUCAGGUGUUUCUUCAGAGUAUUUUCUCAUUUACACGCCCCAACCCAACACAUGCACGCAUGAAGCUAUACUCUCUUAUUCCUAUGCCAAUAAAACAUUAAAGAUAGAAUGAUGGCAGUUCGUUAGAGCGUAAAUACCUAGGUUGCACAAAAAUGCCUUUAAAAGUAAGCCAUUCCUAACAAUUAUAUCAUACACCGCUCAAACACACCUACUUAAAACUAGUUAAAUUCCCUUGUUUUCAGUGUAAAUUUAUUGGAAAUAAGUAAAAUUAUCUGCCAGCGCUUCAAGUAAAUUUGUCAGAUUUCUUGAAAUAUGAAAAAUGGCUAGCUGAAAAUAAGAUGAACAGUCUUCUUUUAAGCAAUAAAUUAUACUUAAAGGGUAGUAACUCACGUGAACAUUUAUCUAUUAAGAACUACAUGUCUUUCUAUCAGAGUUACCAUUUAAUCCUAAAAAAAAACUUGUUUAUUAAAAAUGUUUUUUAUUCAAGAAAAUAUGGUUCAAAACAUUAUUUGAAAUCAGAUUUUUCUUGAUUUAGGUAAAAAAUGACCAGGUUUUAGAUGUAUGGACUAAAUAAACAAAUACUCAUAUUUACUUAGUGAAAUAAUCUGGCGCAUUCAUCAUCUGUUAACUACUCUUUACCACUCAAA